AUGUCGUCGAAUUUAACUAAGACAGACUUUGCACCUUUAGAUAUUUCUGGUAACAACUAUAUUUCAUGGGUUCUGGAAGCGGAGUUACAUCUUCAGGCCAAGAAUCUUGUCCACACGAUUAAAGCGGGAAAUGCUGCAUCCCAGCAGGAUAGAGCAUUGGCUUUAAUUUUUCUUCGUCAUCAUAUCCAAGACGGGUUGAUAUCAGAAUAUCUAACUGUUAAGGACCCUGAGGUUAUGUGGAGUUGCUUGAAAGAUAGGUAUGACCACCUGAAGAUGGUUAUUCUGCUUAAGGUCAAAAAUGACUGGUUGAAUUUACGUUUGCAAGAUUUUAAAUCUGUUUCCGAGUAUAACUCUGCAUUGUUUAGAAUCACUUCACAACUAAAAUUUUGUGGUGAAAAUAUAACCGAUGAACAAUUACUUGAGAAAACUUUUACCACUUUCCACACCUCGAGUGUUGUCUUGCAGCAACAAUAUCAAGAGCGUCGUUUUAAGAAAUACUCAGAGUUGAUUUCAUGUCUGCUUGUUGCAGAACAAAAUAAUGAAUUAUUAUUAAGAAAUCAUGAAUCUCGUCCCGUGGGCUCUGUUUAUGUGCCUGAAGCACAUGCGACAACGAAUUCUACAAAUGGUAAUGGACGGGGUAAUAAUAAGGGUAAAGGGAAACGUGGUCGUGGUAAUAAAAAUAACCAAGACAAGAAUUCACGGUUCAAGCCAAACCACCAGGAGUGGAAAGAUGGCACCUCAAAGAAAGAGCAGAAGCCAGAUAAAGGAAAAGAUUCGUCUGACAAGCCUAUAAAGAACAAGAAAGAUGUUUGUUACCAUUGUGGUAUGACUGGUUAUUGGUCACGUACCUGUCGUACUGCCAAGCAUCUUGUUAAUCUAUAUCAAGCAUACAUGAAGCGACCCGCAGUUGAUAUUGAGACAAAUCUUAUAGAGACUAAUGAGGCUUUUACUAGUUCUCCCCACUUAGAUUUUGAUUUUCUUACAAAGUCAGAAGAAGGAAAGUGGGAUAUAUCUGAUUUUCUUAAUAAGUCAGAUGAUCAAGAACUUAACUAG